AGGUAAGUAUAGACGUACCCUGAGAGUACAAGAAGACUAUACAUCCAGCAGUUGAGGGAAAGAUGGUAGUUAUAACUGGCCUAGCAGCCAGUUUAUGGCCAUUUUCUCUGUAGAGGAAAGACAGAGUACUCCAACAAGACUGGAAUGAUUUCAGUUAAGACAUAAAUACUUUACUUUUGUAAAUAAUAAGUGCACAUGUGUAUGUAUAAUGAUGAGAAGCUCAAAGGCAGAAAUAAAGUGAGAUGGGAAAUCUGGGACAGAGAGAACUAACAAUAAAUACGGUUCUUCAGGGAAAGUCCUAGGAUUUAUUUGAGGGACACCUCACCAUGAUCUCUUGUUUUGCUUUUGCAGAAAAUAAAUGCUGCUACUUUUUUUUUUUCAGAUCCAGAAAAAAAAUAGAAGAGAAUGAUGUUCUUUAUUGCACGAAACCGCCCUGCUCUGAAUGUCAGAACUAUAUACAGUUUGUGGGCAUAAAGAAAAUUGUUUCCGUACAAGAAUCAUCACAAUCAUCAUCAAACCAACAAGACUCCACAGGUUCUUUAAAGAGCAACUUUGAAUAUUAUCAGUGGAAACCUCAAUAUGCGGAAUGUUCUGCUUCCCCCCUCAGUAAACAAACAGAGAAUUCAGAAAAAAGAGAUGGAGAAGAAACAGAAAGAAAGAAUGAUAAAGGUCCUCCUUCUCGUCUACCAAAUAAAGAAGACUUGUGCAUCUUCUUAGCACUCCAUAUGGAAAAUUCACCAAACUGUCAAGAGCCAAGAUGUAAAUAUGUUGGUAACAAACAAAAAAACUCAAAUAUCUUAAAAUUUUUCAAAACUGGAAUUGUCAUCUGUGAAGCUAACAAACCGAAAAGGAUUAUCACAAUGGACUGCUCCACUGAGGAUCUUCAUGCUGUGCCAAAAGCAUUGUUAAGGUUUCCAAAUGCACUGAGAUGCUGUGAAGUUUACCUGUCUCGAAUGCCUUGCAUCAGUUGUGCAAAACUUUUGAUUCAAGCUCAAAUUUCUCAAGUGUAUUACUGGCCUAAUCUUGAAAUACAAACAACAGAAGUAAAUCUGAACAAAAUUGAAAUGGAAGCUGAACAUGUUGAUAACAUCUUUAGGGAAAGCUAUAUCACUGCAGCAGUCUACAUACCAAUAUUAAAUGCUGAAAUGGUGAAGCGAAGGAUUUUUCCACGAAUAGGAUCAUCUCCAGUUGAGAAGGGCAUCACUCCAAUUACCUCUGUAUAUGAUCAUAAACUAUCACCUAAACUUUUAGAAAUACUUAACCUGGCACACAUUAAAAAAGAUAAACCAUUCCAAGAAUCAUAUAAAGAUGAUAUUGCUAAAGCAAAGGAAUCUUUUCAGACCCUGGCAGGUGGCAUUGAUACCGAAAUAAAGGAAAAUAAUUUUCAAGAGGAUAAACAUGCCAUUCAAAGACAGCCCAAGUAUACUCAUGCAUUGCAGCUCUGUAACUUACUAGCAGCCAGAAAUGACAGUCCUAAUACUGGAGUGGGGACACUGAUCUACAGGAAAGAAGACAUUGUCGCUGUUGGCUACAAUGGAUUUCCAAAAGGGACAGUGAAUAGUCUGUUUGCACAGAAGGAUGAUGGUAGUUGUGACCAGCAUGCAAUCAUAUGUGCAGAAGCUAAUGCAAUUAUUCUGAGAACUGAGGAUGAUCUGAGUGACACUGAAUUAAUCACCACAUGUGAGCCCUGUAGUGACUGUGAAAACCUAAUUAAAGCAAUGAAGAUAAAGAAAAUCAUUUGGCCUAAUCGAGAUGUAAAAAAGCAACCAGAAGGUGCAACUAACAAUCCAACAGAAGAAGAAAAUAAUCCAAGCACUGAACCGUUUCAAGUAAAAAGCAGCAUCAAAAAACAUUGUGAUGAAAAGAUUUUAGCACUCCAAGCUGAUCGAGAGAAAUGUAAUAGAAAGGAUACUAAAGGAACUUCAGUCUCAGGAGGAAAGGAAGGAAAGACAAUGGAAAUACAGUCACCAGCAGAUGAGGGACAUGCUUCUGGUGAGCAGGCCAUUUUAAAUUCAUCAGAAGCAUCUGCAUCCCACAGAGAUGGCAUAGUGAAAGAAGACAGUGAAAAAACAAAUCCUUUAUUGACUGAGACUGAAUCAGAGCUAGAAACUGAAUCCUUGGACAAGCCAAAAGAGUCACAUAAUGCAGAGGGGCCAUCUGUGAAUGCUGCAGAAGAUGAACCAGUAUAAACAUCAGAACAAUCAGAAGAGUUUUAGGGACAUGGCAACCCCCCAAAAAUCUCAGAUAGUUCAGUAUCAGGUUAUUAAUCUUGAGAUGCCAGGCACUAUAUGAUGUUAUAAACUUAAAAUAAUAAUGCAUUUUAAUUGUAUAGGUAUCUCUUUCCAUAAGUUUCUAGGCAUCUUAGCAAAAAUAACUGAAAACAUAAUAUAUGACAGUUCCACACAAACGGCUCCAUAAUCUGGUUGGGCAUUUCCCAGGCUGUUGUGUUUGGGAUCCAGUGAGAUGGGCCCUGUGUGCUCUUUAAGUCUCCUGAACAGAGUCCAGACCUUACCCCUGUGACAGUGAAAGCCAACAGACAUACAGAGAAACUUUGCACAGCAUUCUAAGGGUACGUCCACACUACCCGCCGGAUCGGUGGGUAGCGAUCGAUCUAUUGUGGAUCGAUUUAUUGCGUCUCGUCUAGACGCGAUAAAUCGAUCCCCGAACGCGCUCCAUGUCGACUCCGGA